UUUCAAAGGCUUUGGAGUUGACUGUAAUUGUCUAUUUUGUCCAUUCAUGUUACAAGGUUCGAGUUAGAUUUCCAUUACAUUCCUGUUUCUUCUUGCUUUUAGUCGUAGUCAUAUCUCGUCUUCAUUACUGAAAACAUGUCGAUGAAAGCCGUAUGCGUACUCAGCGGUGAGACCGUCAAAGGGACCGUGUUUUUCGAACAAAAAUCGCCAGAUUCCGAGGUGACGGUCACCGGCGAGUUGACCGGCCUCUCGAAAGGCCUCCACGGUUUUCACAUCCACGAAUUCGGCGACAACACAAACGGUUGCACAAGUGCUGGUCCUCAUUUUAACCCCAAGAACAAAGAACACGGUGCCCCUACUGAUGAAGUUCGCCACAUCGGUGAUCUUGGGAACGUGACUGCCGGUGCUGAUGGAAAGGCCAAGGUUUCCUUAACCGACAAAUACAUUUCACUCUGCGGGCCAAUGAGCAUCGUCGGAAGAACAGUCGUUGUGCACGCCGAUCCGGACGAUCUUGGAAAAGGAGGGCACGAGUUGAGCAAAUCAACUGGAAACGCUGGAGCCCGAUUGGCCUGUGGAGUGGUCGGAAUAACAAAAGCAUGAAAUAAUGGGAACUUAACUUUUAUCAGAAAUAUAAAUAAAAUUGAACAAGAAAGAAAUUCAAAAUUGUAGCAAUAAAGUUUAGAAUUGUGAUUAAAAAGUGUUUUACCAAUUAGUUAUGAAUAAAAUGCGAGCGUUGCACACCUCAUCAUGGUCGAUUCAUUAAAUUUUAUGUUGGUCCAUACAUUGUUGUGAAAGCUACAUUCACUGUUUAGCAAAAAAUGAAUACAUUUUACUGUUUUUGUUAAUUAAUUUUUUAAAAUAAAUAUUUGUAUAUUUUGGUCU